AUGGUACUCUCUACCGAAGAAGCGUCGAAGCAAGUCUCGACACCGUACCCGCCGAUCGAUCCGAACCCGUCAUUCACACGUGUGUUGCUCAACUUCAAACCCAAGGAGUACGCCGUCGUUGUUGCAUCGGCUGCAGGCUCUGCUUUUUUCGGGUACUUGGCGGGUCACCCAGUACGUGUGCCGUCCACGUACUGCGCUACAGCCAUCGGGACACUGGGGGGCUUUUGCUAUUCGUUUCGUGCUUCACUGGGUCGGCUUCUCGGUUUCGAGCCGAAUAACUAG